CUCACUCGCACUCACACCCGGGCGCAGGAGGCGGGCGGCCCGGGCCCCACCGGCCCCCCAUGGACGCCCCCGGCACGGGGCGCUGAGACCCCGCGUCGCUGCCCAGCCCUGUCCAGCGCGCCACGCCGAGGGACUUCUGGACAAGACUCCAAAGCUACUCCCCCAGCCCGAGACCCCUUCUCAGACCCAGCUUGUCCUCAGCCCUACCACCUGCCACUCCCUGGCCCCUCUCACCGCCCGCCCCCCUUGGGGCGCAGGGCAUGGUGUGAAAGGCCAAGUGUUGAGGGGGGCACCAUGGGUGCUGUGCCCUAGGGCCUGGGUGGCAGGGGGUGGGUGGCCUGUGGGUGUGCCGGGGGGGCCAUCGUGCCCACCCCAGUCUCUUGGCGUGCUGGAGGGCAUCCUGGAUGGAAUUGAAGUGAAUGGAACAGAAGCCAAGCAAGGUGGAGUGUGGGUCAGACCCAGAGGAGAACAGUGCCAGGUCACCAGAUGGAAAGCGAAAAAGAAAGAACGGCCAAUGUUCCCUGAAAACCAGCAUGUCAGGGUAUAUCCCUAGUUACCUGGACAAAGACGAGCAGUGUGUCGUGUGUGGGGACAAGGCAACCGGUUAUCACUAUCGCUGCAUCACUUGUGAGGGCUGCAAGGGCUUCUUUCGCCGCACAAUCCAGAAGAACCUCCAUCCCACCUACUCCUGCAAAUAUGACAGCUGCUGUGUCAUUGACAAGAUCACCCGCAACCAGUGCCAGCUGUGUCGCUUCAAGAAGUGCAUCGCCGUGGGCAUGGCCAUGGACUUGGUUCUAGAUGACUCAAAGCGGGUGGCCAAGCGCAAGCUGAUCGAGCAGAACCGGGAGCGGCGACGAAAGGAAGAGAUGAUCCGAUCACUGCAGCAGCGACCGGAGCCCACUCCGGAAGAGUGGGACCUGAUCCAUGUUGCCACAGAGGCCCAUCGCAGCACGAAUGCCCAGGGCAGCCAUUGGAAGCAGAGACGGAAAUUCCUGCCGGAUGACAUCGGCCAGUCACCCAUCGUCUCCAUGCCGGAUGGAGACAAGGUGGACCUAGAGGCCUUCAGCGAGUUUACCAAGAUCAUCACCCCGGCCAUCACCCGUGUGGUGGACUUUGCCAAAAAACUGCCCAUGUUCUCCGAGCUGCCUUGCGAAGACCAGAUCAUCCUCCUGAAGGGGUGCUGCAUGGAGAUCAUGUCCCUGCGGGCGGCUGUCCGCUAUGACCCCGAAAGCGACACCCUGACGCUGAGUGGGGAGAUGGCCGUCAAGCGGGAGCAGCUCAAGAAUGGUGGCCUGGGCGUAGUCUCCGACGCCAUCUUUGAACUGGGCAAGUCACUCUCUGCCUUUAACCUGGAUGAUACGGAAGUGGCUCUGCUGCAGGCUGUGCUGCUAAUGUCAACAGACCGCUCGGGCCUGCUGUGUGUGGACAAGAUCGAGAAGAGUCAGGAGGCGUACCUGCUGGCGUUCGAGCACUACGUGAACCACCGCAAACACAACAUUCCGCACUUCUGGCCCAAGCUGCUGAUGAAGGUGACUGACCUCCGCAUGAUCGGGGCCUGCCACGCCAGCCGCUUCCUCCACAUGAAAGUCGAGUGCCCCACCGAACUGUUCCCCCCACUCUUCCUCGAGGUCUUUGAGGAUCAGGAAGUCUAAAGCCUCAGGCGGCCAGAGGGUGUGCGGAGCUGGUGGGGAGGAGCCUGGAGAGAAGGGGCAGAGCUGGGGGGCUGAGGGAGGCCCCCCACCCCUCUUCUCUCCUUCCUCUCAUCCUUGGAUAGAUUCAGCUCCCACACACACCCCCCCGCACUGCCCGUCCCUCCUCAGAACCUCCAGCCCUGGGACAGGGCAAACACAUGAACUUGCUAUGAAAAAGACAGUGUGGGAGGCUGGGGGACCGUGUCCUGCAGUUCCCAGGACCCCAUCCUCUGAGAAGGUAGGGGAAGGGAGGGAGAUCUAAGAGGGGACAAGCCAUCUUGACCGUAGGGGAUGGAAGAAUGUGGGGUGGGGGAAGAUGCCCUCAACUCAGCCCCUACACACACACAAGAGAGAGCCCCCCCUGCACAGUUCCUUGACAGAGGUUCCCCCUCCAGGCUAAGGGCCUCUCUGCUUCCCCAGAAGCCUGGGUGCAAAGAAAGGCUUGGCUUGGCUCCUCCCCCUGGAGGUUAAAAAUUAGUCAUUCUAACUGCACUUUGGAAACCAGGCAAGGGGAGAAGAUAAAUGAAGAAAAACUAGACAGAGAGAAAAAGAAAAAAAGAGUGAGCGAUUGAUAGAGAUAGAGAGAGAGAGAUGAUAUUAAGUUAUUAACCGAGGCUGGCCCCCUACCACCCCUAAGCACUUUGAGAGCUGCCCCUCCUCCCCGCAAAUCAGAGAGAACUGCCCCACAUACCAGGUCCCCAAGGGCAGGGCUGCCGAUCAGAGCUGUGAGUUAACACAACAGGGUCCUGGCCAUCCCUCCUUGCCUUGCCCCUCCCCCUGUGCCCCUUCGGCACCCCCCGCCCAGUGCUCCCUCUGCUCUCUGCCACUCGUGCCCGCUGAGUUCCAUCUACCUCUCACGCUGGAUGCCAGCUGGCCCCUCACCAGCCUGCCCUGCUGCCCACACAGCUCCCCUUUCAAGUGCCCAGCCCCAGGGGCCUCUCCCUGCCCCCCCCACUCCUUCCACACCUUGGCACCCACACAGGAAAAACUGUGGCUCAAGCUCCUGCCCUCCUCACACCUGCAGUAUUAGCUAUAAUCCAGAUGCUGCUGCACUGGGGGGGAGUUAGGGGGGUGUGUGUGAGUUUCUCCCAGAGCCUCUACCCCCUUAGGACCGUGUCCCCAUCUGUCUUCUGGGCUCUCUCUAACCUCUGCCCUCUUCCUUCCCCACUCCCACUCAAUGCACUAACCCAGACUCUGGGCAGGCAGGCACCAGAAUGGGGGUGCCUAGAUAAAUGGCACUUAGUUGGGGCCCCAGGGGAGGGGGCGGUUGGUGCUCCUCCUUUUUUCUUUGAAGCUCUUUAGGCCAGCCACCCCUCUGCCCCUGGGACCCCCUCCCCUCUUCUUUUCUCUAAUUCAGGGACUUUGGCUUGAGCCACCUCCCACCCUCCUGGUGAGGAGUGCUCUGUUGGUCUGCACUUGGGUGAGCUGCCCUCCUCCUCUUCCUUUUGGCUAUCGCCCACUGCCCACUCCACAGGGGAGAGAGGGAGGGAGGAGGUAGCCCUCCCAUGGGUGGGGGGGGAGGGUGGGGAGGGACAGAACAGACCAGAGGGCCCUGGGCUCAGGGCUGCAUGUCGGCAGGGAUGGAUGGGUGGACAUAGAUGCCCCCGGAAGCCAUGGGGAAUGGGGCAGGGGCAGGGGGAGGGGUGCCAGGGCUUCCUGCGCUUUGCACUAUUGGGGCAAAAAUGUCUUAAGCAGUGGGGAACCUGCCACCCCACCCUGACCCUCAGCCUGCCACAGCCCCCUACAUACACACACACACACACACACACACACACACACACACACACGGGAAGGCAAUGCUAUGCUGCCCAUCAGGGCAUGUCCUUCCCCCACUGUCCAGGUGUUCUGACAGGGGUGGAGGGCCUGGAAGAGCAUCUGCUGUCACCUGUGCAUGUGCCUGCCCUGCCCACCUUGGGCUCGUGGGCUGCCCCUGCUGUCUUUGUCUGUCUCUAUCCUCUCUCUCUCCUGGGGUACUGAUUCCUAUAUUACCCCAGUCCCAUGGAUAAGCCCUCUUGUACCCUCCUCUGGGGGUGUACCACCCCUGGGGGCCCAGUGGAAUUCCUGACCUGUCUGCUGUCUCCUCCCUCCCUCCCUCCCUGCAUCCCCACCUCCACCCCUCCAUCCCCAUUCUCAGCCAUGAACAUGGUAGAGAAAAGGCCUUAAAGGGGCUUGGCCUCUUACAGGCACUUGGGAAUCCCCCCUCACCUCCCCAAUCAUAUGAGCUGUGAUCCCCUACUCCUCCCCCCCAUCUCUGACCCCUCCCCCCUCACUCUAGGUGAUGUGGGGUGUAUGUGUGCGUUUCUCUGCGUGAAUGUGUGAGCAAGUACAUGUGGUGGGGCAGGAGCCAGGGGACUCAGGAGCACCACGCACCUGCUCUAGAGAGGCAGCUGUCCCAGCCCCUGCUUUGGAAGUGGGGGACAGGGCCCUCUCCUGGGGGCCAUUGGUGCUAAUGAGGGGGAUGGCCUUGACGUGGGUGCUUAGUAUGCCUCCCCCAGUAUUGGCCCGGGGCACUAGGGCAGGCGGGGUGGGGCAGCAGGUGCAGUAUUGGUGGGAGGAGGGACUGCUGGGAAUGGGCCAGGCCAGGACAAGGGGGUGCCAGAGCCAUGACCACUCCCCCGUGCCCACCACCCGCCUCUCCAUCUCAGUAUCCCCACCCCCCAUCACUCAGAACACACAUACCUCAUCCAGCCUCCUCCCUGCUCAGCCUUGGGGAGGGUGGGGGUGGAGGAGCCCCUACCCCUUCCCCUGGUGGCGGGUCUACAGGGCUGGGAGAGGGCGGGGCGUGUGACACAGACACCGUCCAUAAGGGGGACAGUAAUUCCUGCCCCGGGAUCUCCUGGGUGGGGGAGGGGGCACUUCCCUGGAGGCGCUACUGAAUGUAUGAGAAGCUGGUGCUGGGGUGGGGGGAGGGGGGUUGUGGCCAGAAACAGGGAAAGAGGUAGGUCCCUUCCCCAGGGAGGGGUGGGGGACUGGCAGGGGUGACUUGGGGGGCUCCUACUCCUGCCCCACGUUGACAAUCAGUAUGUCUGUUACGUGCGAUUUUUCACCCCGUUGUGUUUUGGGUCAGGAUUUUAAAGAAAGAUAUUUUUAUGGUAAUUGUUGCUCGUCUAUUUUACUAUAUAUUUAUGUAAUAAAUAUAUGAUGAAAAUAACCCCCUUGGGCACCCCCCCUUAGACUUGUGUGCUGUUUCCCUGUAUCCUCCCAUCUGCUGGCAGAAUACCCACCCCACAAACUGACCAGAUGGAGAGGUGUGCCCCAGCCUUGGCAAUAUUUCCACCCCCACCCCCAAAACGAGCACACACCACAGAAGCCAGCUCAGCUGU